AUGCAUAUAAACCAGCUACCAGUAGAGAUUCUCCGCAUAAUAUUCCUAAAUGCUCUGCCGGCCAGGGACGAAAUGUUGAAGGGGGAAAUACGUCCUAUUUAUUCCAUCUCGACACCACUCUACAUCUCGCACGUAUGUCGACAUUGGAGUAGAGUAUCUCUUGCGUAUGGCGAUCUGUGGUCGCACCUCUUCAUCAAAUACUCCAGUCACGAGGAGAACAAUUGGAGCGCGAAGGCGCCAGAGAUCUUCACUGAGUGGCUCGAGAGGACACGCGGAGGGUUACUUAACUUUACGAUCCAUUGCUAUCUAAAGGACGGAGAGGGGAGCGAACAUCGCGCUUUUCAGUCCAUAAUUACAAAGCUGCUUUCGAAGCAGAAACAAUGGCGGGACGUUGAUUUUUCGUGGCGUUGUAUCAAGGUCUAUUCAGACUUUCAGGGAAUUCAUGCGUCUAAGAUGUCCAAACUUGUGUCUCUAUCGCUGAGCCAUGAAAUAAUCAAACAAGAUGAGACAACGGUAAUCUCGCACAUUAAUGUUUCGUCGUCUCCGAAGCUUGCGUUUCUAACGCUCUGGGGCAGUUGCAAUCUGUUCUUCGAUCCUGUUCAUGCAUUGGACCUGCCUUUCUUGAGGUGGCUUUCUUACUGUGGCAAGCAGGAAGGUGAUCACAAUGGAAGACUUAUAUUCACAAGCUUCAUUCAAAACGUUCUCCCUCCCUCAACUGUCUUGGAAGUGACUGGCUUCGUUGCACAUGAGGACACUCUCGUGCCAGCUCUGAGACUGUUGACUGCACUGGAGGAACUCCGUAUCAGCUUUUAUUGGGGGUUGACAUCAGAGUUAUUUAGAGUGCUUACCCCAGAUCACCACAAUGGACAAGAGUCAAAUGUCAUCAUAUGCCCUUCUCUUAGGAAGCUCUACCUUAUCAACGUCAACGACCUUUAUGUUCCUGAUGUUCCCGAAGUCCAAUUCCAAUUCCAAAGCAUGGCCGAAACGGAGACGGAAGGCGAAACCGAGUACGAGGAAUUGACGGAAAUCAUGGAUGAAAAUGGAAGCGAAAGCGAAUAUGUCGAACCCUGGGAUGAAGUUCAGAAUGAAGAAAUGGCAGAACAACAGCGAGCAGCUCGUGCUGAAUUCUUCGGUGCCUUAUGUACUAUGGCGGAACGGCGACACAACCUUCUGAAUACCCAGGUCACAUAUGGUUCUACCAUGAUGAUGAAUCAGGAUGGCUGCACUUGA